AUGUUGAAUAACGGCAAUCAACAGCAGCAACAACAACAUCAACAACAAACACAACAACAGCAGCAGCAUCAACAACAACAUCAUACAACACAACAACAGCAACAACAUAAUCAUCAUCAGCAACAACAACAAACAGUGCAUCACCAACAACAGCCCCAGCAGCAGCAACAACAACAACCAACACAACAACAGCAGCAAUCCCAACAAAUCGUCAACAUCAACGCACACGAUUACGAUGCCAAUCUGAACUUUGCAACCUUUGGCGAAUUAUGCCGCCUGUGUUCGCUACGUAAUGGGCCCGCCAAAAUUCACCUGUUCGAAAAGGAAGCCGAACAACGUAAUCUCGUUUAUAAGUUACGUUUGCUAAUGCCGGUUAAUAUUGCCAAAGAAGAUUUUCUACCCAAAAACAUUUGCGAACUUUGUGUCCAAAAAGUGGAAAGCCUGUACGACUGGCGCCAAACCAGUUUACACAACGAACACAUUCUAAGGAAUUAUGCGGAGUCGAUGAGAGCCGUUACAGCAACAAUAAAUUUUCAGGACGGUACAGUGAAUAUGGAUAAAAUGACAGUGGCUCAAAAGAACGCAUAUUUGGAGGCACAUAUGGCAGUGCAACAGCAAAUGGCCCAGGCGGCUAUACAAUUCAAACAGCAACAACAGCAGCAGCAACAACAACAAACGUCCAAUACUAAUCAAACACAACAGCAACAACAAAACUCUCCCAAUAGCAAUAAUAACAACACUAGUAAUAGUAAUAAUAAUAGCAACAACAACAAUAACAACACAAAUCAACAAUUACAACAACAGCAGCAGCAGCAACAACAACAGCAACACUAUGCGAGCACCAUUAAAGUACCACAAAUAAGUUCCUCAAGUUCAGCCGGUAAUGACAGCACCUUUACCGUACCCGAUGAUGUGGGUAUGGGCUUUGAAGGUGGGGUGCGGGUUCUGCAGAGUCUGGGCACCUGGUCAUCGGACAAUAUAACCUAUAAUAUACCCAAGCCGAAUUUGAUACCAUUUACAGAGCCCUAUGUUGAGGGUGGUUCCAUGCAUCCGGCCAGCCGUCUCAAGGCACUGCAGCAGGUGCAGCAGGCAUCUUCAGGUGUGCGAAAAGUUAAUCCGUCUAAACCCACCAACAAAGCAUUUGAAUGUACCGUUUGCGGCAAAGGAUUGGCGCGCAAGGAUAAACUCACCAUUCACAUGCGUAUACAUACCGGAGAGAAGCCUUAUAUUUGUGAAGUUUGCAAUAAAGCUUUUGCUCGCCGUGAUAAAUUGGUCAUUCAUAUGAACAAAUUCAAACAUGUCACCCCGACAAAUAUAGCCCCACUUGGGAAACGUCUCAAUAAUUUGGUGAAAAAGAAAGAACCCGAACCGGAGGACAAUAAACAAAAUUUGGAAUUACAGCUGCAACAGCAAGCGGUCCAAGUGGCCGCUCAAAAUAUAAUUGUCCAAACGUCAAGCGGCCAACAUGGCGGUACAGCUCAGACUACAACAAUACCCGGCAUCAUAAUACCACAUCAUCAUGCCCAACAGCAAUUGUCGUGGACUUGUGAAUUGUGUGGUCGGAUGUUUUCCAAUCGCGACGAAUGGACACUGCAUGCUAAGAGUCAUUUGGAGUAUUGACAUCAGGAACAGGAAACAACGGAUACUGGAAAACAAGCCAAAAUGGCAAGUCAAAACAACUAUCAAAUGGAUACAACUACGAACAGUAAUAAUAACAACAAUAACAAUAGUGGUGGUACCAACAGCAAC